GAUAGGCAACCUCUGAAAAUCCCUUUGAGAAGAGGCGGAAGCCUCCUUUGGCCGAGAUGUCACGGCACCACAGCCGGUUUGAAAGAGAUUAUCGCACAGGAUGGGACCGCCGGGAGUGGAGCACCAAUGGGAACCACGUGAACAGCAGUAACUGCAACAGCACAGUGAACAGCAAUAGCAACAAUAGACCAGGGCUUCUGCCUGUGCCAAUUGUACCCUCGCGUCUGCAUGCCCCAGCCACAGUUGCUUGUACCACGGUGAACAGUGAUGUGAUAACCACGCUUGUGGCCAACUCUUCUGCAGCUGCAACAACCAAAACGCCUUGCAUUUCAAAGACAGAGAAUCAGCCACAAGGAUUAGCAACCAGCGUCAGGUGGGGACAGACACCCAUCAAUCAGUCUACCCCCUGGGACACAGACGAACCCCCAUCCAAACAGAUGAGGGAGACUGAAAACCCAGGUACAGCUCCAUGGGUUACAACAGUUGCAGCAGGUAGCCAGCCAACUCUUAUCACUCAUUCUUAUGGGAUGACUCAACCUCCGACCUUCAGCCCAGCUGUGAACGUCCAAGCCCCUGUCAUUGGAGUUACACCCUCACUCCCUCCUCACGUUACCCCCCAGCUUCCAUUAAUGCCAGCUCAUUACCAGCUUCAGCAGCAGCCUUCACAGCCUCUGAGUAACAUGGUUGUGAACCUGCAAAGCCAGCCUCUGUACACUAACAGCCAGCCCAUUACAAUGUCUUCUAUGACCGGGGUUGGUCAGGUGACUCACCCGGGCCACAGUGCAGUAGGGAACGGUCAUAUGACUUGUCCUAUCCUGCCUCCACCACCACCUGCUUUGCCUUCAGCCGCCCUACCUAAUAGCGUUCCGGCUACCAAUGGGCAGGCUGCUCCUCAGCUUCCUCCUAACCAGACGGGCAGUCAGGACAGCACAAAUGGCCUGCAGAUGCUACGGACGGUUGGUGUGGGAAAGUACGAGUUUACGGAUCCUUGGCACCCAAAAGAAAUGUUGAAGGAGUUGAACCAGCAACGCAGAGCGAAAGAGUUUACAGACCUGAAAAUUAUUGUUGAAGGCAAAGAGUUUGAAGUCCACCAAAAUGUUCUAGCUUCCUGCAGCUUGUAUUUCAAGGACCUGAUUAAAAGGUAUAACCCAACUUUAGUGUUUUGCAGCUAUACCCUGAGCCAGCGGUUAGGAACUGAACCCUUCCCACCCACCACCCACUCCAUGUCACCCCGGGACAGUAGCAGAAGCAGUGAGAAGCUGGAGUUGGAAUUAUCAAAUCUCACGGCGGAUGUCCUGGAAUUACUGCUGGAGUUUGUUUAUACAGGUUCCUUAGUAAUAGAUUCUGUCAAUGCCAAAACUCUUCUGGAAGCUGCCAGCAAGUUCCAAUUUCAUACAUUCUGCAAAGUCUGUGUGUCAUUUCUAGAAAAACAGUUGACUGCUAGCAAUUGCUUAGGAAUAUUAGCCAUGGCUGAAGCGAUGCAGUGCAGCGAGCUAUACAACAUGGCAAAGGCCUAUGCCCUGCAGAUUUUUCCGGAGGUGGCAAAUCAAGAGGAGAUUCUUAAUAUCUCGAAAGACGACUUCAUUUCCUAUAUGUCCAAUGACAGCCUGAACACAAAAACGGAAGAACUGGUUUAUGAAACGGUGAUAAAGUGGAUUAAAAAAGAUGCUGCGGUCAGAGCCCAGUAUGCUCCUGAGUUGCUGGCAGUGGUCCGCCUACCCUUCAUCCAUCCCAGUUAUCUGCUAAACGUUGUUGACAAUGAGGAGUUGAUAAAGUCUUCAGAGGCCUGCCGGGAUCUAGUGAAUGAAGCGAAGCGUUAUCACAUGUUGCCUCACGCCCGGCAAGAGAUGCAGACUCCGAGAACCCGACCCAGGUUAUCAGCAGGUGUGGCUGAAGUAAUAGUCCUCGUCGGAGGACGUCAAAUGAUCGGGAUGAAUCAACGCGCCUUAACAGCAGUAACGUGCUUCAACCCCCAGAGCAACAAAUGGUACCCCCUGGCCAGCCUGCCCUUCUACGACAGGGAGUUUUUCAGCGUGGUGAGUGCUGGAGACAACGUCUAUCUCUCAGGUGGCAUGGAGUCUGGAGUCACACUCUCUGACGUCUGGUGUUACAUGUCACUACUCGAUAACUGGAAUCUCGUUUCCCGAAUGACAGUCCCGAGGUGUCGGCACAACAGCCUGGUGUAUGAUGGGAAAAUAUAUACCAUUGGAGGCCUUGGUGUAGCAGGCAACGUUGAUCACGUGGAGAGGUACGAUACUAUCACCAAUCAAUGGGAGACAGUCGCUCCGUUGCCAAAGGCUGUGCAUUCUGCAGCUGCCACCGUUUGCGGUGGGAAGAUCUAUGUGUUUGGCGGAGUAAAUGAGGCUGGUCGUGCCGCUGGAGUCCUUCAGUCAUACGUCCCUCAGACUAAUACAUGGAGUUUUAUAGAGUCACCCAUGAUAGAUAACAAAUAUGCUCCUGCAGUCACUCUCAAUGGUUUCAUCUUUAUUCUUGGAGGAGCUUAUGCACGAGCGACCACCAUCUAUGACCCAGAAAAAGGCAAUAUCAAAGCAGGCCCCAACAUGAACCACUCCAGGCAGUUCUGCAGUGCGGUGGUUCUUGAUGGAAAAAUUUACGCCACGGGUGGAAUUGUCAGCAGCGAAGGCCCUGCUCUGGGAAAUAUGGAAGCCUACGACCCCAAAACAAACACAUGGACGCUUCUGCCCAAUAUGCCAUGCCCUGUCUUCCGACACGGCUGCGUAGUAAUUAAAAAGUACAUUCAGAGUGGUUGAUGGCCAUGAAGACGUGGAUAUCAAACAGGCUGUCGCCUGCGGAAAGUAGGCAAGAAAAAGAAACUGUCCUACAGAGAAAAAUCGAGGAAAUGAAUAACCGGCAAACAACCUGUCUAAAAUUGGGAAUAACCUCUACAUUGAAUGUAGAAAUUCAUCCUCACCUUUUGGUGAAGGAGCGGACAGCUCCAUGCUAUGUACGAUAGUGUGACUUAACACAAGUGUGCCACUAGAUGUCGUAGUGGCACUUGUUACAGACAGAGUUUUGGUUUACCCAGGUGCAAUAAUAGCAUUUCCCAUACGUUGUUUAACUAGGGGGAAAGGAAGAGUCGGCGUCAACACUCCUAGAGAGCAAGCUCGGUUCUUAAAACAACUGAUUAGGUUUUGCUAUUACACGUUAAGCAUCAGGCUAUGUGAAAGGAAGGUCAAAGUGUCCUUACCACUUUGAUUGCUACAUUUUUCUUUUAAAACCAACAUAUGCUUUUCAAUACCAAUGACCGAGAUAGAACUUAUGGGACAGACUGCGUAGAUUAAGGUCAGUCUUCCACCAGAGCAGAUGUCUAUUACGGCUCCUUAGAGCACAGCUAAUAAAGGGAUAGAAGUGUGUCUGUCUGUCUACUAGCAUUCCAUGUCCUUUUAAUGAAAAGGUUUUCUGAAAUUGUAUGCCAAUGUGAAUGUGUGGUCGUGAGGAGGGCUUGUUUCUCCCUUUCUACUGUUUUUCUACUGUAUGAACAAAAUGACAGCUAAAUUUCUGUAAAGCAAGAGGCAUCUAGGAGCUUUUAUUAAACUUUUAUUUAUCUAUUCAAAGUUUAGAAUGAAUAUUCUGUGUUGGGUUUCCCUAUUUUGAGCCAGUUACUUAAGGCAAUGCCUUUUAUUGGGGGUUUAAGAUAGCCACUGAACGACAGUCCACUAUCCAGGAUAUAUGCCACUGUCUAUAUUUUUGUCAUAUGAAUCAAGAUCCAAUCUAUUUUUUCAAACUCUCUCGCUCUGCCCCUUCCCCUUUCCCAAAUAUAUGUGGGAGUCUUAAAAGAAACCCUCUCUCUCCCCUCCAAGAGGCUUUCGGUGGCUGCUUGUCUUGGAAUAAACACUUCUGCAGCUUUCUCACUGCACAGGUUUAACAACUACAAUUGGAAACGCAUCAGGUUAUUUCCUACUUUAGAGAGGGGGUGUGGGGGGGAAAAGGUUCUGUAGAGUUGUAAGUAUAUACACAGCAGGGCUAUAUUUUUAUAUGUAUAUUAAAAUAUUGUAUAUUCAGA